AUGGCGCUCUCCCAGGGACAAGGCUCAGAGAUAACCGUGGAGACCCUGCAAACCAAGCUGGACAAGGCUGUGGCAGAUUUUAUCCAGCAAAAUCCAUCUUCCAAGAAGGCCAUCGAGAGAGCAUGCGAAAGCCUUCCCGGCGGCACAACGCGCGCGGUCCUCGAGUCGGAGCCUUUCCCCCUGGUUGUGCGUUCUGGCAAGGGAUCGGCGCUGACCACGGUCGAUGGAAGGACGUUUGUUGACUUUGUUUCCGACUUUACUGCCGGCCUCUUUGGGCACUCUCAUCCCGCUAUUCAGGAAGCUAUCCUGCAAGCUGUGCCAAACGGCUUCAGCCUCGGCGCCGUGACCGAGUUGGAAGCCCAGCUAAGCGAGUCCAUCAAGGCUAGGUUCCCUUCCAUCGAUCUGAUCCGGUACUGCAACUCGGGCACAGAAGCAAACACGUAUGCUCUAGGUACAGCGCUGGCCUACACAGGCCGCCAAAAGGUGUUGGUCUUUGAUGGUGCUUACCACGGCGGCACCCUCAGCUUUGGACAUAGCCCCAACUACCUCAACAUCCCCUACGACUAUGUCGUAGGCACGUACGGCGAUAUUGAAAAGACGCGAGCUGGGCUGAGUUUCGAUAUCGGUGCCAUCAUUGUGGAACCCAUGCAGUCCGCGGGCGGUAUGCGGUCUGCAGGCAAGGAGUUCCUCAAGUUCCUGCGUGACGCCGCCACGACGAUUGGUGCGGUCCUUAUCUUUGAUGAGGUCGUCACAUCUCGACUUGAUUUUCACGGCAUGCAGGGCGGACUGGGCGUCAAGCCUGAUAUGACGACGCUCGGUAAGUACUUGGGUGGUGGACUACCCUUUGGUGCCUUUGGCGGGAGGAAGGAUAUCAUGGCCCAGUUUGACCUCAAAUCUGGCCUGGCUAAGAAGCUCUCCCACUCUGGAACUUUUAACAACAAUAUUUUCACCAUGACGGCGGGCGUUGCUGCAUCGAAACUUGUCACCAAGGAGGCGAUCGACAGAAUCAAUGCCCUCGGCGAUAAGUGCCGGGAGGGGGUCAGGGCCAUAGUCAAGGAAGCUGGCAAGACUGACGAGAUAAUUGUUCUCGGUGUUGGCAGCUGCAUAGGUAUUCACUUUCGGGGGCAGAGCGGCGACUUACUCAGAGAGCUCUGCUUUUUUCACCUUCUCUCCAAGGACGUGUGGAUUGGACGACGCGGUUUCUUGGCUCUGAACUUUGCUCAUGAUGAUGAUAAUGUUACUAAGUUUCUCCAAGAUUUCAAGGAGUUCUUAACCUUAUAUAGUUGUUAUUAA